CAACUAGACAACAACAGACUGUGUGUGACCCAGAAACAUAUACCAAACUUCACUCAACCCAUCCAUCAUCCUAACGAUCAAGAACAAGACCAAUCUAAUCUGGGUGGGUGGAAGAAGAAGAAGAAGACUAAUCUCAAGUAUUGGUUGAUCUCUCCUAAAAAUGGGGGCAAUGUCCGCGGAUAACAUCCAUGGACUCAUUUUAGCUCUCUCAUCUAGUGUAUUUAUUGGCUCAAGCUUCAUUAUCAAGAAGAAAGGUCUAAGAAAAGCUGGAUCAACUGGAACAAGAGCAGGUGCUGGAGGCUACACAUAUUUAAAGGAACCUUGGUGGUGGGUUGGCAUGAUAACCAUGAUCUUUGGGGAGGUCGCUAAUUUCGCUGCUUAUGCAUUUGCUCCUGCAAUUCUGGUAACCCCAUUGGGAGCUCUAAGUAUUAUAUUUAGUGCAGUGCUGGCCCAUUUCAUUCUGCACGAGACACUCCACAUUUUUGGUGUGGUCGGUUGUAUGCUUUGUUUAGUUGGCUCGACUACCAUAGUCUUACACGCCCCUCAAGAGAGAAAAAUUGAAUCUGUUAAGGAAGUCUGGAAUCUCGCCACUGAACCAGGUUUCCUAGUUUACACUGCAGUGGUGUUGAUUCUUAUUGUGGUGCUCAUUGUUUAUGCACCACGUUAUGGGACAAAGCAUAUGACAGUGUAUAUUGGGAUAUGCUCACUUACUGGUUCGCUUACGGUUAUGUGUGCGAAAGCAGUGGGAAUUGCUUUAAAGUUGUCAUUUUCCGGGUCUAAUCAAUUCAUCUACUUUCAGACAUGGUUCUUUACUCUUGCUGUCAUCAUUUGUUGUCUUCUUCAACUCAACUAUUUGAACAAGGCAUUAGACACAUUCAACACAGCAGUUGUUUCUCCUUUCUACUAUGUGAUGUUCACCACCCUUACAAUCUUAGCCAGCAUGAUCAUGUUCAAGGAAUGGGACUCUCAAAGUGCGUCUCAGAUCAUGACUGAACUUUGUGGUUUUGUGACGAUUCUAUCGGGGACUUUUCUUCUUCACAGAACCAUGGAUAUGGGAAGCAGUUUGAGCUCAGGUUCUACCCCAAUUUUCUUGCCUCCUAGCUCAAACGCUAGUGUACAUUCCAGGAACUCAGAUUUGUAAAACUUCUCUUGAUUUAGGAAGUGCAGAUAGAGUUGAUAUUCAGUAUGGAUUAUGAAUUUAUCGUGGAGAGUCUUCUGAAGUUGUUUUUUGGCACUUUCGGCUUGCUCUACCUUAGGUUUGUAGCCCGACAAGGUUUCUCGAUGGACAGACUAGUGUCUUUGUUUGGGAUUUCUUUUUGUUUAUUUGAUUUUGUAAUGUGUUCUUUCUAU